AUGGAUCCCAAUUCCGCCUCUCGGGAUGACCCUGCGCCGCCACGGAGGAAUCGAGCUCCGACAAUCACCAUAGAUCCCUCUGCCACCGGCGUUGAUAACACGGAUGCCGCACCAGCCAUGGCACAGGAUCCCCCGAAUGAAGCGUCCGUCUCACCCAUCCUCACCCAGGAUGAAGGAGCCAGCCCGACGAUCGUACCCGAAGGCGCUGCCGCCCCGUGGUCGCGGCCCCAGGAGAAGCCCCCAAAGCCGAAGCUUCGCGCCGACACGUCCUUUGAGAUCAAGGACAGCAGCAGACCCCAGAGCCCGCACAACGUAUCAAGUCCAGUUGCGACCUUGAGAGGAAAUGACCGCGCUUUCCUUGCCGUGCCCAGCAACUUGCGCUCCCGACAGAACUCGAUCGACUCCGACGACAUGUCCUCCCAGGGCGAGACUAUCGCCGUCUUGAGCCAGUCGACUGAGAAGACCAUGAAGCCCAGUCCCAUGUCCAACGACAGGAUUAUGAACGACGAGACCGCUCUGCAACCCGACAAGGGUAGCGAGGGCGACUUUGAGGUGGAAAACAACCCAUUCGCCUUCACCCCCGGCCAGCUCAACAAGAUGUUCAACCCAAAAAGUCUUGCUGCGUACUAUGCGCUUGGAGGCUUGACUGGUAUCGAAAAGGGUCUCCGGACUGAUCGCAAGGCCGGUUUGAGCUUGGACGAGGUGCAUCUUGACGGACAAGUCUCGUUCAGCGAGGCCAAGAGCCACACCCGCUCUUCUGGUGCUCUCAAAGAGAGCCAAAUACCGGCGACGCCCCCGAGGCAGAACACUGAUCAUAAGAGCAAGCACGGCGAUGGUGGCUUCUCUGACAGGAAGCGCGUUUUUCGAGAUAACCGGAUCCCCGAGAAGAAGGGCAAGACUCUCCUGGAACUCAUGUGGAUCACCUACCAAGAUAAGGUCCUCAUGCUCUUGACCGCUGCUGCAGUUGUUUCGUUGGCCAUCGGCAUCUACCAAACAGUGGGCUUGCCGCACGCACCCGACGAGCCAAGGGUUGAGUGGGUUGAGGGUGUUGCUAUCGUUGUCGCCAUCGCCAUCGUCGUCAUCGUGGGCUCCCUCAACGACUACAGCAAGGAAAGGCAAUUUGCCAAACUGAACAAGAGGAAGAAGGACCGUAAUGUCAAGGUUGUACGCUCGGGCAAGACCAUUGAACUUUCUGUCCAUGAUCUCUUGGCUGGCGAUGUCAUUCAUCUCGAACCGGGUGAUCUCGUCCCCGUCGACGGAAUUCUCAUCGAGGGCUUCAACGUCAAGUGUGACGAGUCUCAGGCUACCGGGGAGUCGGAUAUCAUCAAGAAGCGGAACGGCGAGGAGGUUUUCAACGCCAUCCAGAACGGUGACGAUCCUAAAAAGCUCGACCCCUUCAUCCAGUCCGGUGCUAGAAUCAUGGAGGGCGUCGGCACUUUCAUGGUCACCUCAACCGGUAUUCACUCAUCUUUCGGAAAGACUCUUAUGGCUCUGGAUGAGGAUCCCGAGGUUACACCGCUGCAGUCGAAGCUCAACACCAUUGCCGAAUACAUCGCCAAACUCGGAGGUGCUGCAGGUCUCUUGCUCUUUGUCGUCUUGUUCAUCGAAUUCCUGGUCAAGCUUCCGAAGCAGCCGGCCUCCGUCACUCCGGCCCAGAAGGGGCAGGACUUUAUCAACAUCGUUAUCACCGUUGUCACCAUUAUUGUCGUGGCAGUGCCGGAAGGCCUUCCUCUCGCUGUCACACUGGCCCUGUCCUUCGCCACGAGACGCAUGCUGAGGGACCAAAACCUCGUCAGACACCUGAAGGCUUGCGAGGUCAUGGGCAACGCCAACACCAUUUGCUCGGACAAGACGGGAACCCUGACGCAAAACAAGAUGCAGGUCGUUGCCGGCACAAUCGGCACCACUCAUCGUUUUGGUGGGCAGCGACCUUCCAGCUCUGACGGCGAUGCCAACGCCGCGCUGGACGGCGCUGCUGACAUCUCAAUCGCCGAAUUCGCCAAGAUGCUCAGCGCGCCGGUCAAGGAGAUUCUCGUCAAGUCCAUCUCGCUCAACUCGACGGCGUUCGAGGGUGAGGUCGAUGGUGAGAAGACAUACGUUGGAUCGAAGACCGAGACGGCCCUGCUCCUGUUGGCUCGUGACUACCUCGGCAUGCACCCCGUCGCCGAGGAACGCGAGAACGCCAAGAUCCUCCAACUUAUCCCUUUCGAUUCUGGCCGCAAAUGUAUGGGCAUCGUCGUUCAACUUCCGGAUGGCCGCGCAAGAGUCUAUGUCAAGGGUGCUUCCGAGAUUGUUCUCGGAAAGUGCACCGAGAUCUUCCGGGACCCGUCCCAGGACGCUACGCUCACGGAAAUGACCGAGGCCAACUUCCAGACGAUAAAUACUCUCAUCAACACGUACGCUUCUCGGUCGCUCCGAACCAUCGGCCUUGCCUACAGGGACUUCGAGCAGUGGCCCCCUCGCAACGCCCGCCGCGUUGAUGGAGGCGAGAACGUUGAUUUCGAUUUUAUGUUCCGGACUAUGGUCUUUGUCGGCAUGGUCGGUAUCCAGGACCCCUUGCGCGAGGGAGUUCCCGAGGCCGUCAGGCUUUGCCAGAAGGCGGGUGUCAUGGUUCGCAUGGUUACCGGAGACAACAAACUCACAGCCGAGGCCAUCGCUAAGGAAUGCGGUAUCCUGCAGCCCAACGGUCUCGUCAUGGAAGGCCCCGAAUUCCGUAACUUGACCAAGUCGGAGCAAGAAGCCAUCAUCCCACGGCUUUGCGUUCUUGCUCGCUCUAGCCCCGAGGACAAGCGUAUUUUGGUGAAGCGCCUCAAGGCCCUAGGUGACAUUGUUGCUGUAACCGGAGACGGAACCAAUGAUGCUCCCGCGCUCAAGACGGCCGACGUCGGCUUCUCCAUGGGUAUUGCUGGCACCGAGGUUGCCAAGGAAGCAUCUUCUAUCAUUCUCAUGGACGACAACUUCAACUCCAUUGUCAAAGCCUUGAAGUGGGGUCGUGCCGUCAACGAUGCCGUCAAACGUUUUCUCCAGUUCCAGCUCACCGUCAACAUCACUGCUGUCAUUCUCACCUUCGUUACUGCGGUCAGCAGCACUUCAGUGCUGACUGCGGUGCAACUGCUCUGGGUCAAUUUGAUCAUGGACACUCUGGCUGCCCUCGCCCUCGCCACCGACCCCCCUCAAGACAGUGUCCUCGACAGGAAGCCCGAGAGGCGUGACGCGUCAAUCAUCACUACUACCAUGUGGAAGAUGAUUCUCGGGCAGGCGGUUUACCAACUUGCGAUUACCUUCAUGCUUUUUUACGGAAAGGAUGCGAUUGUCCCUGGCCCCCAGCAUGUCCCUGAUGACCAGAUCGCCACGUUGGUCUUUAACACCUUCGUAUGGAUGCAGAUCUUUAACCAGUGGAACAACCGUCGCUUGGACAACAACUUCAAUAUUUUCGAAGGACUAACAAAGAACUAUUUCUUCAUUGGAAUUAGUGCCAUCAUGAUCGGAGGACAGGUUCUCAUUGUCUUCGUUGGCGGUGCGGCCUUCCAGAUCGCUUCCGAGGGCCAGACCGGCACGCAAUGGGCCCUAGCCAUCAUUCUGGGACUCAUCUCAAUUCCGUUUGGUGUCAUCAUUCGACUCGUUCCCGACACUCUCAUCGAGCGCCUUGUUCCCGACUACCUCAAGCGCCGUGCCAAGAACAGUGUCCCUGGUCUUACUGUGUCGGACGAGGAGCAAUUCGAAAUGUACCCGGCGCCACUUUCGGAUGUCCGCAAUGAGCUGGCGUUCAUUAAGAGGAUGAAGGGAGGACGCUUGAACAACCUCAAGUUUGCGGUACAACACCCCCGCGAAACAUUCUCACGCUCGCGCAGCCCGUCACACUCGCGCAGCAACUCCAUCAAGACGCCAACGACGCCUACACGAGAGGACAGUUUCGGCUCAAUGGCUGCCGCGACACCCAACUCUCGCAAGCGCUCCUACAGCUCGCGCAGUCGGUCCAACUCGGCCCUCGGCGCCCCGACUGUCAUGGCAGGUAUUGUGGCUGCCGGUAUCGCAGCCAACUGGUCACCGGCGGACCGCAGACGUCGUGACAGCGACGACUUUGACGGCAACGCCAGGAGAGAAGUCUCCCGAGAGAAUUCGAUUCGCGAAGAACCUCGUGAGUCGAUUGCGGACGAAAAAGGAGGGGACGGAAAAGUGGCGCGCGAAUGA